AUGCAAGCACCAACUGACAUACAUUUUACUGCUGCCAAGAGGAUAUUUAGAUACUUAAAAUAUACUUUGGAUUAUGGCAUUGUUCUGCAAAAAGGUCUUGUUGCUCCCAAUGCUUUUUCUGAUGUUGACUGGGCUGGUAACCCAGAUGACAAGCGCAAUGCCAGUGGCUUUUACAUCUUUUUUGGUACAAAUCUCAUUACUUGGAGCUCAAAGAAACAAGUUACUGUCUUCAGAUCCUCCACUGAAGCAGAAUACAUAUGCCUGCCAAUCGUUGGCACAACAAAACACGGCACAUGGCACGUGAAGCACGCGACUUAA